UCUGAAGAGAGGAGACAGAGGAGGUCUAACAUGACAUACAACCAGAGGAGGUCUAACAUGACAUACAACCAGAGGAGAUCUAACAUGACAUACAACCAGAGGAGAUCUAACAUGACAUACAACCAGAGGAGAUCUAACAUGACAUACAACCAGAGGAGGUCUAACAUGACAUACAACCAGAGGAGAUCUAACAUGACAUACAACCAGAGGAGAUCUAACAUGACAUACAACCAGAGGAGAUCUAACAUGACAUACAACCAGAGGAGAUCUAACAUGACAUACAACCAGAGGAGGUUUAACAUGACAUACAACCAGAGGAGAUCUAACAUGACAUACAACCAGAGGAGGUCUAACAUGACAUACAACCAGAGGUCUAACAUUACAUACAACCAGAGGAGGUCUAACAUGACAUACAACCAGAGGAGGUCUAACAUGACAUACAACCAGAGGUCUAACAUGACAUACAACCAGAGGAGGUCUAACAUGACAUACAACCAGAGGAGGUCUAACAUGACAUACAACCAGAGGAGAUCUAACAUGACAUACAACCAGAGGAGGUCUAACAUGACAUACAACCAGAGGUCUAACAUGACAUACAACCAGAGGAGGUCUAACAUUACAUACAACCAGAGGAGGUCUAACAUGACAUACAACCAGAGGAGGUCUAACAUGACAUACAACCAGAGGAGGUCUAACAUGACAUACAACCAGAGGAGGUCUAACAUGACAUACAACCAGAGGAGGUCUAACAUGACAUACAACCAGAGGAGAUCUAACAUGACAUACAACCAGAGGAGAUCUAACAUGACAUACAACCAGAGGAGGUCUAACAUGACAUACAACCAGAGGAGGUCUAACAUGAAAUACAACCAGAGGAGGUCUAACAUGACAUACAACCAGAGGAGAUCUAACAUGACAUACAACCUAAUCUAACUCACUAACCUAAUCUAACUCACUAACCUAAUCUAACU